AGGUGACUAUAAUGUCCGCUCCUACUCCCCGCACCGGCAUCAUUGCCGGCUUCAACAAGGGUCACGUGACGACCCGCCGCGCGCGCCAGCCGUCAACGAACGAUCGCUAUGCCGUCCCCCACAAGCGCCUGCGCGCUGUCAAGGCCAUCAUUGCCGAUUUGGUCGGUCUCUCCCCCUUAGAAAAGCGCGUUCAGGAGUUCCUGCGCGUCGGCAAGGAGAAACGUGCGUUGAAAUACUGCAAGAAGCGCCUGGGUGACUUCACGGCAGCCAAGAAGAAGCGCUCGAAGAUGGAGGAGGCGCUCCGUCACGCGACGAAGAAGCACCACUGA